UCCAGACAAACUUGAGUGUAAUCACUAUGCCAGGUUUUCAAGAUCUAUACGCGUUUUGCCUCCCAUAUUUCCAUAUAUUGCUGGAUUGGGUGUACCGGGUUGUGUUUCGGACCAGACUGAGUCCUCUCACGGAGGAAAGUCUGUGGAGAAAAUUCACCGUCGAGGAGCGAAGGGUUAUCCUGUCAGAAGACCUCACUCGUCGCUGGUGGUACGAAGGAUUUUGUAUUCUUUUGAAGUGUUACCGCGAAGAUGAGACGUUAUCUGUGGCAGGGAGGAAGGUUGUUGAAACAAGAUGGACCGAAGUUCUUCAAAACAGACUCGCCAUAUCCAGACGUCUGGUGUCUGUUGACAUAUCAGUGUGUCAGAUCAAGAAACCGAUAUUCAUCAUUGGACCGGCUCGCUCUGGGACGACCUUCCUUCUGAAUCUACUAUACGAGGAUCCUGGUAACACUUCACCCAGAUAUUACGAGACGAUGCACCCUGUGGAGGAGGUGACGGUAGAGGGGAAAGAACGAAGACUUAUGACCGAACAACGAGCAUUGGCCGCGGUGUACAAGGAGAUGCCGGAAAUGAAAGCUCAGCAUUAUAUACACGCUGACAGAGCGUACGAGUGCUACCAUCUAAUGGACCAAAUGGGGCUGUUUAAGAACUUCCGGUUACUCACAGGAAACUUCCAGGAAUACGAGGCAUGGCAAAUAACGCUGACCAAGGAUCAAAUGGUGGAAGUUUACCGAUUCCAUAAAUUGCAAAUGCAACUCAUCCUUUUGGGAAGAAGCAAAGAUUCAUUUGAAAAUAACCAACAGCUCGUUUUCAAGGAGUCCACUCAUGCUAUGAACCUGGAGGCAAUACUGACGGUUUACCCAGACGCUCUCUUCAUCAAUACUUACCGUGAUCCCUGCGAGGCAACGGCAUCCAAUAUGUCUCUCUGUGAGGCCUGUAUGAUAAGUCUAGGGUAUGAGCCAAAGGACAUAGAUUUAGGACUCAUUGGCCAAGAUAAACUACGAUGCCCGCUGGUCAACGGUGGUAAUGAGAUGGUGAAAUUUCGAAAGAGUCACCCAGAAGAAGAACAUCGAUUUUGCGAUAUAGAUUACAAAGAUAUUGUUGGUUCUCCCAUGGCUGUAGUGAGGCAAAUCUACAAGUUUUUUGGCUUGAGGUUGACAUCGGAAGGGGAAGCCAAGAUGAGCGCCUAUGUCAGAGAACAUCCUCAAAACAAAUAUGGCCGCCAUAAGUACGAUUUGAAGCGCUAUAAGAUGACAGAGGAGGAAGUGAUGGAAUAUCUUAAAGAAUAUGUUGGAUUUUAUAAAUCACGACAAUAAUCCUAGAUAGGUCCGUGAAGGAUGUUCACAGCUCUAGGUAGACUUUAGUUUUGACUUAAUCUGUACAAUUAAGUAAUAUCCAGCUGGCUAUAUUGCGAAUUCGAAUUAUUGAUACCUUUUUUGGAUUCCCGUUAGAAACUUUGAAAUGUUUUCAUUAUGUAUUUUGAUAUAUCUCAAUGCUUCUUGUAUUCAAUGGCUUCUUAAAACAUAUAUAUAUAUAU